AUGGGCAAUGAUAAGAGUAAGGGCUUUUUGAACUCUGCCAAUUCGGCAGACAAGGAUGAACUUGAUAAAACCAUAGAAAAAUUGAAGGGUAUUGAAGUAUCUUCGAUGAAAUUCUAUCCGAUCAAGUUGAAUGGCAAGGAGAAGAAUCAAAACUUGUUAUUUCCAAAGGAGGUUAUUAUGGAGAUGGCAAUUAAUUAUUUGGAAAUUAGGGAUAUGCAUAAAUUGGCAAUGACUUGUAAAUUAUUGUAUAAUUGGUUAUUUUCUGAUGCAAAUGAAUUUUGGAGAAGAGUUGGAGAGAGGGAUGGAUUUUCUGAUAAAAGUGGAGAAGAAAUUCAGAAAAUCUAUGCUAAUUUAUGGAAGCAAUGUUUUGAUUUUGAGAAUCAUCAGUAUUUUGAAAAUUGCCUUCAAUCUAAGAUGUAUACCUACUCGAAUAGCCAUUCUUACAAUUAUGAGAAUUUUAUGAAAUUUUUGGAUGGAAUUAAUAGAGAUAUUAAUCAAAUGAUUUAUGUUUUGAGAAAUCCAAAGAGAAAUAUCAUUUUGAGGGCUUAUAUUGCUGUUUAUGGAUUGUGGGAUCACACAAAGGGAGAAGAGUUGGAUGAAAAACUUGAGAAAAUCUUCAGAACACUGUGUUUCACUGAAGAUGGAACUGAAUUAGAGGCAAUUAUUGAUUGGCAAAGUACCAAAGUUUGCAAUUUACUCUCUAUUACAAUGGAUAUGAACCUUCAAAGGUUAAAUAGUGAUCAGGUAAAGGAAAGAAUUGAAGAUUUAUUUCUACAAACAGCAGCAUUUAGAGUUGACUGUUCUGGAUUCACAAAAUAUUAUAGGUUUGCAGAGGGACAAUUAUCUGAAAGGGCUAACAAACUUCUCUCUAACAGAUAUCAAACUAGGGAAAGCAAUCCAAAAUGGUGUGAAUAUUAUGAUUUGCUUUUGAGGGUUCUGACAACACCAGAGAUACGUAAGACAAUCCAUAGCAUUUAUAGCUUAGAAUCCAUCAUGCAGUAUUUCCAAUCAUUUAAAAGGGAGGAAUCGAUUGAUAUUAUUAUAGAUCUUUUAAGGAGUAAUGAGUUAUUUAAGGAAGAACAAACAAUUGGAUAUAUAACCUGUAAGAGUUUAGCUUGGGAUCAUCCGAGAAUAUUUGAAGAGUUGAUGAAUGAAAGAUACUAUUCGAAUGAGUGUUCAUAUAUCUAUGCAAAUCUGAUCGGAAGAUAUAUAUACACCAAUAGUCAGGAGGUUAAUGUGGAUGUCAGGAAAAGAGCAUUGAACCACAUUUCAUUUAUAUGUAAGAAUAAGAAGCAUAUUAAUGAGAUUGCAGAUACAUUCAUCUAUUAUCUACCAUGGAAGAAAUUGAAAGAAUUUACUAAUUUCCAAUGGACAGAAUUUAAAGAGGAAGCAUUGAAAGAGUUAAAGGAAUGUACAUAUUAUAUGUGGACCUACACGCAAAAAGUUUCAUUCCUUCCAAUCCUUACAGAUUUUUAUGCUGAAGAACAAGAUAGAACAAUCAAUCAACUAUUGAGCUUAAAGCCCCUUUCAGGUAGAGACACAAGCCACUACAUUGUUGAGGAGGCAUUCAGAAUCUUGAAAAAUUAUGCUGAGAGAAUUCAACUACAAGACUACGAUUCAUAUUUCCCUCGGUUGAUUGAGUACCUGAAGGCUUAUAUUCUAAACCCUGAUUGCCACAAUAAUGAUUGUACUAUUAAGGAAAUAGUUAAAGCUGCUGAAUGGAUUCAACCAAAGUAUUCUAUUGAGAAACUGUAUGGAACCAUGAAAAAGGCAUCAGAAACCAGUUCAUUUAUUCAAUACUAUGUAAAAGAUGGUCUUCCAAGUAUUGAAUUAAUCAUGAACAAACAAUAA